UGACAUAAAACAGCUGUUUGUUUAUUUGUUGUUUUACGCUUGAGUAUUAUUACAGAUUUUAGAGUAUAAAAAAUACCAAUAACAAAUUAACCAGUCACUAAGAAACAUGUCUGAAACAACACAAUUAAAGACAUUAACAACAUUAAAAUGUAAACAGCAAGCCGUGCGGGCUGUAAGAUUCAACAUCGACGGGACGUACUGCCUUACGUGUGGCGCCGACAAAAAAGUUAAAUUGUGGAAUCCACACAAAAACUUAUUAUUAAAAACCUAUGGUGGUCAUGCGAACGAAGUAUUAGACGUAGCUGGGUCAUGCGACAGCAGCCAAAUAGUAUCGGGCAGCGUUGAUAAAUCGGUUAUAUUGUGGGACGUAACCACGGGCCAACCUCUGCGCCGGUACCGAGCGCAUGCAAGUUCCGUAACGUGCAUUAAAUUUAACGAAGAAUCGACCAUGGCCGUGUCCGGUUCCAUAGACAACACCGUCGCUUUUUGGGACGUCGCGAGUCGAAGGCAAGAACCCGUUCAGACUUUGAAAGAUGCAAAAGACAGUAUCACAUCCAUACAGGUUACCGACCAUGAAGUUUUAACUACAUCGGUCGAUUGUCACACAAGGUUGUAUGAUAUGCGUGUAGGUAAAAUGAUUUCCGAUUAUGUUGGAACCAUAAUAACCCAUGGGAGUCUGACCCAUGAUGGGCAGUGUUAUGUAUUAAGCUGUUCUGAUGAUACAAUCAAAUUGUUCGAUAAGGAUUCCGGAGAGUUACUGAACACAUUUUCAGGGCAUGAAAGUAGAGAUUACAUGUUGGAAAAUUGUAUAAACGAAAAGGAUAGCCACAUCAUAUCUGGUUCGGCGAGUGGUGAGGUGUUUUAUUGGGAUUUAAUAUCGAGUAAUAUUACAAAUAAAUUAGUGCAUAGUAAUAAUAAAGCAGUGGUGUCUGUUAGUCAUCAUCCUACUGAAAAUUAUUUAUUAAGUGCAUGUGAAGAUGAAGUUAAGUUAUGGGGGAAUAAGGCUUUAGAUGAAUAAAAGUUUACA